GUCCCAAAAGGUCAAGUUACUAGUUACAAGUCUCUCAGCGAUUCUCUCAAAUCUGGGCCUAGAGCUGUUGGGCAAGCAUUGCGAGUGAAUCCAUUUAUGCCUUUGCCAGUACCAUGUCAUAGAGUAAUUACCUCUAAUCUAUCAAUUGGUGGUUUUGCUGGUGGUUCGGGAGAUUCACAAUUGGUAUGCAAUAAGCGCUCCAAACUUAUCAAGGAAGGCUGUUUAUUCGAAGGCGAUACGUUUAUUGCUAAUUCUGAUGGAAAACGCCAAAUUUUUGAAAAUUUUAAAAUGUGA